AUGGGCAUGGGGGGCCUGGGUGGAGGCAUGGGGGGCUUUGGAGGGGGCAUGGGCGGCGGUGGAGGAGGGAUGGGGGGCUUUGGCGGCGGCAUAGGCGGUGGAAUGGGUGGUUUCGGCGGCGCCGGCUUCCCCGGAGGGAUCCAGCCCGUUCAGGUGGAUCCCAGCCUGCUCCGGCCCGUCCACGUGGAGAUCGACCCCCAGAUCCAGCAGGUGAAAACCCAGGAGAAGGAGCAGAUCAAGACCCUCAACAACCAGUUCGCCUCCUUCAUCGACAAGGUGCGGUUCCUGGAGCAGCAGAACAAGGUCCUGUCCACCAAGUGGGAGCUGCUGCAGCAGCAGGGGCCGUCAGGGCCCAGGAAGGACCUGACGGUGAUCUUUGAGAGCUACAUCCAGAACCUGAGGAGGCAGCUGGAGAACCUGCUGGGGCAGCGGGGGCAGCUGGAGUCGGAGCUGCAGAACAUGCGGCAGUACGUGGAGGAGUUCAAGAGCAAGUACGAGGAGGAGAUCAACCGGCGCACGGCGGCCGAGAAUGAGUUCGUGGUACUGAAGAAGGACGUGGACUGUGCCUACAUGGCCAAAGUGGAGCUGGAGGCCAAGGUGGGAGCUCUGACCGACGAGAUCAACUUCCUGAGGUGCAUCUACGAGGAGGAGCUGUCCCAGAUGCAGAGCAUCAGCCGGGACCUGUCCGUGGUGGUGUCCAUGGACAACAACCGGCACCUGGACCUGGACAGCAUCAUCGAGGAGGUCCGGCGCCAGUACGAGCAGAUCGCGCUCUGCAACGACAGCAUGUCCAACGUCAACGUCUCCGUGGUGGGCAGGACCAGCAUCUCCGGAGGCAGAGGCGGCGGGAUGGGAGGAGGAUUCGGCGGCAGCGGGAUGGGAGGAGGAGGAUUCGGGGGCAGCUGCGGGAUGGGAGGAGGAUUCGGAGGCAGCGGGAUGGCAGGAGGAGGAUUCGGCGGCGGCAGCUGCGGGAUGGGAGGAGGAGGAUUCGGAGGGGGCAGCGGGAUGGGCGGGGGGAUGAUGCACGGCGGGGGCUUCUCGUCGGGCAGCGGGAGGAUGUGCGGCUCCGGCGGGGGCUCGUCCUCGGUGCGGAGAUGCGUCACCACCUCGGUGAAGUCCUCGGGGGUGCGGUUCUGA